AUGUCUCAGAUUACUCUCUUCACUGAUUCCAGGGUGCCUUGCCCACAACGCCUGCUCCUUACCAUCCACGAGCUUAGACUCCAGAUCAAGGAUAUCAGAGAGGUUGAUAUUUCCAAAUUUGAACAUAAGCGUCCAGACAUUGUGGUACUCAAUCCUUUCGGCGCUGUGCCAUUUAUCCGGGACGACACAUACGAUCCUCCUUUGAUGCUGACUGAAUCGCGCGCUAUUGCAAGAUAUCUAUCGCAGGCGUACGGUAGCAGUGAUAUGUCUGCUUCGCUGCUCCCUGAUCCAACAAACGUUGUUGCAGUCGCCAAGUUCGAAGAGGCAGCGUCAAUUGAACUUACAUCCUUCGAUGCCUGCGCCAAUCAGCUAGUAUUUGAAGAGCUGUUUAAGCCGUCGUGGUUUAACGGUGAGACUGAUGUUGAAAAAUGCAAGCUCCUUCGAGAGGGCGUUGUGCGAGCCGUUGGCUUGUUAGACAAGAGACUUACAGAUCAACAUUUCAUGGCAGGAGACGUAAGUGACGGCCUGAAAAGCUUCCCCUUCAGGAGAACGGGAUGA